AUGUCUAGAGACCCAAAAACCACAGGCAGGUGUCUCGACAUAUUCGAUGACUUUGUCAUUCACACAGGAGAAAGACUUGACUAUCGUGGAUCCUCUGGGGAGCCUCAACAACCUCAUGAUGCUGACAAGGCAGAGAAGAGUCUCUCCAGAUCAGAACUCCUCAAGAAACACCAGCAGAGACCCACAGGGAAGAUAAUUCACCGCUCUGACUGUGGGAAGAGCUUCACCUCAUCAGCAGGCACUAAAAUUAAUCAGAGAAGCCACACAGUAGAGAAACCUUAUUGCUGUACUCAAUGUGGGAAGAGUUUUGAUACUUCUAGCCAUCUUAUUGUACACCAAAGAACACACACAGGAGAGAAACCUUAUAGCUGUGAUCAAUGUGGGAAGAGUUUUACUCAGCUAAGCCACCUGAUAUCACACCAGAGAAUACACACAGGAGAGAAACCUUAUAGCUGUGAUCAAUGUGGGAAGAGUUUUACUCACCAAAGCAGCCUGAUAUCACACAAGAGAAUACACACAGGAGAGAAACCUUAUAGCUGUGAUCAAUGUGGGAAGAGUUUUACAAAGUCGAACAAUCUGACUCUUCACCAGAGAACACACACAGGAGAGAAACCUUAUAGCUGUGAUCAAUGUGGGAAGAGUUUAACUCAUUCAACCAGCCUGAUAUUACACCAGAGAACACACACAGGAGAGAAACCUUUUAUCUGUGAUCAAUGUGGGAAGAGUUUUACUCAGCUCAGCAGCCUGACAUCACACCAGAGAACACACACAGGAGAGAAACCAUAUAGCUGUGAUGAAUGUGGGAAGAGUUUUACUAGGUCGAGCAGUGUGACUCUUCACCAGAGAACACACACAGGAGAGAAACCCUAUAGCUGUACUCAAUGUGGGAAGUUUUUUUUUACAUCUAGCCAUCUGAAGAUACAUCAGAGAAUACACACAGGAGAGAAACCCUAUAGCUGUACUCAAUGUGGGAAGUUUUUUUUUACAUCUAGCCAUCUGAAGAUACACCAGAGAAGACACAGAGGAGAGAAACCCUAUAGCUGUACUCAAUGUGGGAAGAGUUUUUCCCUCAAC